UAGAAACUUUGUUUCUAACAUCUGGUAUCAGAGCCAUGGUCGAAGACCUGAGUUCAUCACAACUCUCUCAGGCACAGCUUCCUACCAAAUCGAAACUGAUAAGUUCAACCGAUAUAUCGGAGUUGACGUGGGCUCAGAAGCAAGAAAAGAUGUGGCAGAUUGUGGGCUAUUGGAAGGAGAGAGCGGCACACGGCGCCGUGGCGAGGAAGGAAGACGAGGGCGCAGCAGGGGCGGAGCUGGCGCCGCUCGACGAGGCUGGCCGAGGCGGGGCGGAGGCCGCGUUGCGCGCUGCCGUGGCGCGGAAGGCAGAGACGGCGAGAGCAGGCGGCGACAUUGCUUCCUUACGCUCAAACCCUAGGGUGGCCUCCAACCGCGUAAGACCACAUCAGCAGCUAUGUUCGUUGGGCCGAAACCUCCGGGCCGCAGGUCUGAUGAGGCAAAAGGGAGUGGGCCUAGGCGAGGAGAUGAGACCCAUCAUCCUUGGUCAUAGGUUGGGUCGCAUGAAGAGAGGUGUUGGGCUCUCCUUGGUGCGAAAACAACAGCAGCAACAAGCCACAUCAUUGGGCCGAGCAGAGCGACGAGGCGGGCUAGCACGAACCAGCCCUGGGCUGCGUACACACAGACAAGCAGAGAGACUCCAUAAUGAAGAUGGGCCUCAUAUAAGCCCUAUGGAAUCUCUUUUACAAAGUGUAGGCUUGAAUAUGAAGAAAGAAGAACUGUGGGCUUAGGUGAGCACCCCAAUUCUUACUUGGUGGAUUUUGAAAAGGGGAGUGGACAGUCAAUAGGCUAUGCUUACGACACGAACCACAUGGAUGAGGAAGAAGUCAUUGGAUUUGGAGUUGUUGGCGUGAGAUACGUUCGAGUAGUAGAACAUAAUUGGAAGAAAAGAAAGAGCAAGAAAUGGAGGCAAGACGUGGAUUGCACGGUAGACAUGAAGAAAUGGGUUGAGUUGAUCAACCUUGAGGGCAAGGUUGGUUUCAAGGGGGAUCGGAUGUUAGAAACACGUUUUCUAAGGAAAACGGGUUUUUAUAUCAUUAUCAUUAUUAUUAGGUUUUAUUAAAUAUGGCUAGUAGUCAUUUAAUAGAAUUAGGUUUAUUAU